UAUAAUAAUAAUAAUCUAUAAAAGAAAUAUAUAAGCAAAGCAUAUUUCAAUUCCCUCUCUAUUUCUUCCAUAAGGAAUAAAAAAAGUGGGAAGCUGGGCUACCUUUCCUCUUCUGUUCCAGGAAGCAUAAACCCUUCAAGCAACACUAUCUAAUUUUCCAAGAUUCAAUAAUGGAUGAAUCUGAGCAGUACCCAAAGGACUAUUACACCGACAACGGCAAUCCCAGAAGACUGACUUCCACAUCCUCUUCUUCUUCAUCAACAACAAGCGUUCACGUUACAGCCUUGGAUGGCCUUGUUAACGUUAACUCCCUCUUCACCAUCGCUGUCUUCGUGGGUCUCUCUCUAACCACCGCAGGCCAACAUAGCCUCGAGAAUCGAGCCCCCUGCGACGCCGGCAUCGACGUAGUUAAAAAGCUCUUAGUCUUCGAGGUCGUCUCCUUCAGUUUCUUCCUUUUCUCGUCACUGGUAGCUCAGGGUUUAAAGCUUGCCAUCAAUCUGUUGAAUAGUAAAGAUGUCGAUGAAGCUUUCAGGGCCCACAUUAACCUUAAAGUUUUGAGAUUUGGGAUGAUGGGUUCGGCUGUGGGGUCCGUUGUGGGGUGCUUGUUUUUGAUGCUUUCGAUGGUGAAUGUGAUCGAGAUCCGGUUAGGGUUGUUGUCUUGUGGGAGUAAGUAUGCGGUUCAUGCGGUGGCGGCUUUAGUUAUUCUGGUUUCUUCUGCCCUCUUGUUUUAUAUUUCAACUGUUGUUUAUGCUUUCUUGCAUUGAAUAAUGAAAAAAUGGUGGCUAUGAACUUUCCUAUUAGUUUUAGUAACAAUAUUGUAAAUUAAAUCAUGGGUUGCUUUUGUGUUCUUAUUUUUGGUUGAGUUGAGGGAAUAUGUUGGCCUAAACUUCAGAAUUCAAGUAUGCAAUACGUUUAAUUUG